AUGUUGCUCGAGGCCGACUUGAUGAUGAUGCAAAGUGACGUCGAGUUCAGUCGGGGUGGUCCAGAUGGGACUCGGGACCUCUUCACCCUGGGCACGGAGAUGCUCGUGGACGCGCUCAGGCGAGGCUUGAACGUGGCAGACAUGCUUGAACACAAUCAUGUGCUCGCACUAGCUUCUCAUGGUGGCGGUGAAGUGAGCAAGAAGUGA